AUGGCGAAAUCUGCAGUAAUGCUUGUUUCAGCCCUCUGCCUCAUGUCGCUCAUCAACAUCGCAACCUGCGAGAAGGAACGCUUCUUCGUGGAAGGCAAAGUGUAUUGCGACACAUGCCGGAUCCAAUUCUUCACAAAAGUCAGCAAAUUCCUCGAAGGCGCGACUGUGAAAUUGGAAUGCAGAGACAUCGAAGGAGGAAAUGUGACGUUCAGCAAAGAGACGGAGACGGAUAAAUCGGGGAGUUACAAGAUCGAGACGGACAAAGAUCACGAGGAAGAGGUGUGCGAGGUGUCGCUGGUGAAGAGCAAGGAUCCGGAUUGCGAUGAGAUCACGAAGGAAGGGUACGCACACAAAUCCAGAGUGAGUAUCACCAGCAACAGUGGAAUCACCAGCCCCGAACGCCUUGCCAAUCCAUUGUCGUUCAUGAAGAAGGAGAAGCUGCCUGAAUGCAAGGAGGUUCUCAGAGAGCUCGGCUUCGACGAAUAUGGCAACAUCGUCUAAACUAAACCACCACCGUCAUAAUAGCGGACAAACAAACACCACGCAUUUCUUACCAAACUUCUCUAUUAUUUCUUUAUAUUAAUAAAAUGAUUUUUUUUUUUUAA